AUAAACAAAAAUAUUAAUUUUUUAUUUAAUUAUUCUGAAUGAUAAUUCAUGUAUUCUAUUAUAAACAGUAUUUUUUGCUCGCGUGUAAUAUUUUGCAUAUCCUUUUUUUUUCUAUACAAGUUAUCUACUCGCAAUACGAAACAAUAUUCGUAUAAAAAAAACAUUGAUUAUUAAUAUAUUGAAUAUAAUGUAGCGAAUGAUUAACAAAUUGUUAAUUAUUGAAAAAAUUGUAAUUAAAUACGGAUACAGUGUUAUUUCAAUUAAUGUAUAUCAUAUAACAUUUACUCAUUUUUUUUUCUUUUUCUUUUUCCCUUCUUUUUCGUUUUUUUUUUUAAUCGAUAUUUUUAGGAAGUACAUAUAUUUUCCAACGUUGCCAAACGUAAUUCAAUGCAACGGAAAGCGUGUAUACAUUCCCAAUUGCGAUUACUAGACAUUUAUAUUCAAGAAUACCGUGUCAGAAACUUAUGCGUCUUUGACGCGUAAGCUGCGUUAGGACAACGUUAUCACGGCGUACUUUAUUCUAUUUUCUGCGAUAUAUAUAUAUAUACACAUAUACAUACAUAUAUAUAUAUGCGUAGAUAAUAGGAGUGAAUUAUUCGUAAUAUUUGUGAAAAUAUUAUUUGUAAAUAAAUUUUGAUAUCAAGUUUAUCAAUUGUCACGGAAUAAAUAAAUUUUUGUCGAUUAUAUGAUCUAAUCUUUGAUCGAAUAUAAAUAUAUGCGUCAUUCGACAUUUUAUGGAUGAUUUCGUUUAUUCGCGCCGAACUAUGACGUCAGAAGAAAACCUCGGAAUCUGAUUGGCUAUCCGUAAGUACCCGUAACAGUAAAAUUCCAACAUCUUGAAUUUUUCGACCGUUGAUGUUACUCUCACUUCGGUACUGUUACGGCAGCCGAAUCGAGCAACGCGAUUGGUCGAACCUUACUGUUGUUAUUACAGAAAGUGUGUGUGAUGUGUAUGUGUAUUGUGUGUCAUACUAGCCUAACAUUAUUUUCAAUUGUUUCAAAGAAAAAUCUUUUAACGUUAAUAUCUUAUCUUUAGAAUAUAUAUGUAUAUAUGUAGUAAAAAAACGAUUACAUUAUUUAGUUUCUCUAUCGCUUUGACUUUUAUUGUUCUGAAAAUACAAAUAUUUCAUUACGAUAAAGAAAUUGAUAAUAGACCAUAAAACGAACGAAAGCGAGCGAGGUAAUACCAAUAAAAUUCAUUUAAUCAAUUUUUCUUACUUUUGUAAUAAUUACGUUCCUAGCAUGAGAAAAGAAAAAAGGAAAGAAAUUAAGUAACGUUAACGUAAUCGGUCAUCGCAUAACUCACAUAAACGGAAUGAUAAUUUUAUACAAUGAGUAGCAUUCGAAAAAAAAAGAAAAAAAAAACAAAAGAGGAAAAAAGAAAUGUAAAUCUUAUAUCCAAACAGGUCAUCCAUCUUCAGACGAUAAGACAGGAAACCGAUGGAUUCGAAACCGGUUUAUUUCAUCGCUUAUGGGAGAAAAAGAAAGAGAAAAAGAGAGAGAGAUAGAAACUAUUACCUUUAUAAAUAGAAAUUAUAUAAUUGAAAACUAAAUGUCUUGUCAAGGUCCAACAUUUCGUUUAACAAUAAUGAAUUCAGGUAUUGUUUACGACUUGUUUGGAUUAAAUAAAUAAUAAUAAUAAUGGCGAUGAGAAUGACGAUGAUGACAAAAACGUUGCCGCGAGCCUGGCACGGUAAUGGCGAGGGGUGACGGUGGGGAGUCUCUUUUAAUCAUGCACAGCCAGGGCCAAUGAUUCAUACCCAGUCGCAUCACAUUUGCUUUAACGUUUACGUUGGUCACGCCGUAGUCGUCGCGAAACCUCGUGAUUACGGAUAAUAUCCAUUCUAUUUAUUUAUUUCCUUUAUUUCUUUCUUUCUCUCUUAUAUCGUACCUUUAGAAAGAACACCUUUGUAACAACCAACCACAACUACAAUAACUACAACACCACCAUCAACAACAACAACAACGAUAACAACAAUAACCAACAAUCAACAACGUUAUACGUGUUUAACCCAAUCGAAUAAUGUAUUGCGUGCGAUCGUUACGUACUACACAACGUAUUCGGCAAUGUAUUUCACGGGCGAACAUCUGAUCUGAAAUCAACGGUGCAAACUGGUUACUAUUUCGGCUCUCGAAAACAUCAGAAUGCCAUUAUAUUCGAGAUCGAACAACUAUGCUUCGAAGCUAGUGAUCGUUCUACAGUUCACAGCUUGGAUCUCAGUUGGCAUAGUUCUUCUUCAAAAAGGCGUAACCUCCUUGCGAAGUCAGUCCACGAUAGAAACAAAAGGCGAUACGCAGGAAAGAAACGAUGCCACGAUCAGAUACUUAAAUGAUAAAACGAAGAGAACGGCGGAUAAAGAUGAUAUUUCUAACGAUAUUACGAAAUAUAAAAAAGAUUUAACCAUCAAUUUGAAAUUAUAUCAGGAAAAGGAAAAUGAUAUGUCGCAAAGAUAUUGGAAUCGACGUUCGAAUGAACGUAAUAACGUUGAAAAUAAUAUUAUGGAAGAUAUUAACGAUGAGCAUUCAAUUACAAAGAAAUUGAACGAACUCGGGCAAGAAGAAAAAGAAGAAGAAGAAAAAAAGGAAAAAGAAGAAAGAGAAAAAGAGAACGGUUUGAUUAAUUCAAGUGAAACGAGCACGCAACGUGACGUCUAUAAUUCGUCAUAUCAGUCGAAUAAGACCGAAGAUUACGAUAGUACCGUCCUUGAUCCCUCUAAAACGUUAAGUUCGACUGCAACGUCUAAUAAUUCGGGAAAGGAAAAAAAAAUACGUACUCGUUUGAAUAGUGGCGGUGCUGCGGCCGCUAUUGCUAUGGUCGCUGUUGGUGCUGCUAUGCUCGUAGUCGGACCUAUGGUCAUCGUUUUACGUGCUCUUGAUAAAAGACGACAAGAAAGGAGAUAUUUAAAAUCAUCGAGGUGGGACGAUCAACCGCCUACUUAUGAGCAAGCGACAUUAAUGAACGAAGUUCCGAGAUAUUCAACCUUAAAUUUAAAUGCCGUCCAUAAUUCCCGCGCUCCGUCCACAUCUUCGCGCCCAAUCGCAACUUCCUUUGAAAGAUCUCCUUAAGUUAAUUUAUUUUUAUAUUUCAUCGAUGCAUACGCGUGAUUUUUUUUCUCGUAUGAAUUGAGAUCUUUUUCUUUUCUUUUUUUUUGUUUUUUAUGUCCUUUUCUUAUUUGUUUUUUCCUUCUCUCUGUCUCUCUCUCUCUCUCUCUCUCUUUCUUUCUCUCUCUCUCUUUUUAUCAUGUCGAUGCACAUUGCACAUAUUAUUUUAUCUCGAACAUAACGAAAGCACAAUUCUUCCUUUUUUUUUGUUCUUUUCGUAAAUUAUCGAUAUAUUCUUUUGUAUAUUAUCAAUUAUUAAGUAAAUUAGAUUUCUUAUAGAGCGUUAAGUAAAAUUCGUUGAAAUUGUUUGCGCACGUACACAAUGCGUUUUCGAAAUAAUCGAAGGUUUUGUUAAUCGUGCCUUAAUAUUAAUUGACUGCCAGACAGUAUAUAUGAUAAUUAUAAGGUGUAUAUAUAUAUAAUAUUAGUUUUAAUAUAGAUUUAAUUCUUGUAUAAUGGAAAAGAGAUAAAAUACAUAUAUAUAUAUAUA